AUGAGAGGUGGCUCUGGAGGAGGCUACUUUAGCAGUUGGGGGAGACGUGGUGGUUUUGGAGGCAUUCCUGGUGGAGCUCAGGGCCUUGGAGGUUCAGGGGGCUUUCCCCUCAGCAUCCAGGAGGUGGCCAUCAACCAGAGCCUCCUUCAGCCCCUGAACAUGGGGAUCGACCCACAGAUCAGGGAGGUGAAGACCCAAGAGAAGGAGCAGCUCAAGACUCUCAAUGACAAGUUUGCUUCCUUCAUCGACAAGGUACGGUUCCUGGAGCAGCAGAACAAGGUGCUGGAGGCCAAGUGGUGCCUCCUCCAGGAGCAGUCAGCCACCUCCAGGGCCACUGCCAACAACCUGCAGCCCUUCUUUGAGUCCUAUAUCAGCUGCCUCCAGGCCCACAUGGACAGGCUGCUGAGUGAGCGGGGUCAGCUGGAUGAAGAGCUCAGCAUGAUGCAGGUGCUUGCGGAGGAGUACAAGAGGAAGUAUGAGGAUGAGCUUAACAAGCGCUCAGAGGCUGAGAAUGACUUCAUGGUUCUGAAGAAGGAUGUGGAUACUUCCUACGCGACCAAAGUAGACUUGGAAAUAAAAAUGGAGAGUCUGAUCAGUGAAGUAAACUUUCUGAGAACCCUCUUUGAAGCUGCCUUGUCGGAGUCCAGUGAUAUGUCUGUCAUCUUGUCCAUGGACAACAACCGGCAUCUGGACCUGGACAGCAUCAUCACUGAGGUCAAGGCCCAGUAUGAGGAGAUCACCCAGAGGAGCAAGGCUGAGGCUGAGGGGCUAUACCAGGUCAAGCUUGGGGAGCUGCAGACUACAGCCAGCAGGUAUGGUGAUGACCUGAGGAGCACCAAGAAUGAGAUUGCAGAGCUCAACAGGAUGGUCCAGAGGCUGCAGGCCAAGAUCGAGAGCAUCAAGAAGCAGAAUACCAACUUGCAGGAAACAAUUGUUGACACUGAGCAACAGGGUGAACAGACCCUCAAAGAUGCCCAGGCCAAGUUGGCAGAGCUCAAGAAAGCCCUGAAGCAAGCCCAGAAGAACCUGGCCUAUCUCCUGCGUGACUAUCAGGAGCUGAUGAACAUCAAGUUGGCAUUAGAUGUGGAGAUUGCCACCUACCAGAAGAUGUUAGAUGGCGAGGAGUGCAGGAUGUCUGGGGAGUGUCAGAGCCCAGUGUGCAUCUUUGUGGUCAACCACACAUCCAGCAGCAAGAACAUUAGUCCUGGGGGCAGCAGCAGCAGCAGAAGCAGCAAUGGUAUCUGGGGCAACAGAGGUGACCAGGGCAUCCGAGGAGACAGUGAGUCCACCAAUGGGAGGAAAGGCAUCCAGUCCAGAAGCACAAGCACCUCCAUGGAUCAGAGUCCCAGACUGGGCAGCUCUUCCUCCUCCUUGGCUAAGAUUGUGCAGAUCACCGCCAGCAGUGACCAGCGUGCCUGCAUCAAAUACUGAGACUGGGCCCUGAUGCACGACUAUAAAAAUUUCCCCUGCCUUUAGCCACAUCUCUCUACGAUUACUC